AUGGCGUCAACCGCAGAUGACGCCGUGGUUGACGUUGAGGAGGAUGAGGAAGAGGGGGAAUUACCGUUUCGUUGGGGCGAUCCGGCUCCGGGCCUGAGUCGCGGCGGCAAGCGGUUUUAUCUAUGGUUCGAACAGGGAGGGGAGCGGUUCGACAUUUACGACUGCGUGUACUGCCAGGCGGAAGAGGGGAUGGACCCGUACGUGGGGAAGAUCGUGCGCAUGUACGAGCUCCCCCCCAGCCGCCGCGGAAAGCGCAACAGCAUCGGCGGAAAGCCAGGCGAGCGCAAGGUGGACAUCCGCUGGUUCUUCCGCGCUGCUGACGUGCAGGCGGAGGGCGGGGAGCUCCCAAGGGACGUGCGCCCCAACGAGGUGUUCCUGGCCGUUCCCGAGGGCACCCAGGGGGUGACCGACGCCAAUAAAGUGAUAGUGGUGGACUCACGGGCGCACAUACUGUGUCUGUCUCCCCCCUUGCUCGUUCCCCCCCCUUGCUCUCCCGCUUCCCACGCAUCUCCCCCUCACCUUCCUUCGUCUGUGUGGAGAGCACAGAUUGUGGUGGACUCACGGGCGCGCAUACUGUGCGUGUCGGAGGACCAGCGCAAUCCACAGCCGAGUGCAGCGCAGGUGGAGGCAGCAGAGCUGGUGUUCUGCCGUGCGUGGGACAUGCAGCAGAAGCGCGUGUUGGAGGACCUUCAGGUGGCUAUUGACGACUUGGGCUCAGAGGAGGCGGUAUUCAACAAGCCGGCAUGGGUGCAGCAGCAGCCGACCAGUGGGGCGACAGCAGGAGAGGAGGAGGACAGAGCAGCAUGCGAGGAAGCAGGAAACGCGGUUACAGGGGGUGCUGGGGCAGUCAGAGAGGAGAAGGAUGGUGCUGUGAGAAACGACAGGGAUGUGAACAGGGAAGAAAUGGGGAUGGAGGAGGAGCGAAGGGUUGGGGAAAGCGGAGGAGGAGAACAGAAACGUCUAAGCAAGAGGAUGAAGGUGGGAGGGCAGGUGGGGGAAAAGGUCGGGAAGCAGAGCAAGGAGAAGAAGACAGGAGACCCGUGGGACUUGGAGGAGGAUGAGGAGGAAGGGGAGGAGGAAGCGGAGGAAGGGCAAGGGGAUGAGGAAGAGGAGGAGCAGGAGGAGGAGGGUGUUGAAGAGGAAGAGGGGGAGGAGGGCAAGGAGGAAGGGCAGGAAGGUGGAGGCAACCGUUCCACGAAAUCAAGUGCGCUGAAGCUGUUAACUGAGAAAUCGGCCCUGGCAGGACAGGCGGGCAAGGGAGGGGCCAGACAGGGAUUGCCGCAGGGACUGCAGCCUGCAGCAGCCCCUGAUGGGCCUGGUUCUCGAGCCAAGCUGCCUGUCCGUCCCUCCCAGAAGAAGCUCCCCCGGAUAACACCUCCCCCUGGGGUUGGGACUGCUGGGGCGAGAGGAGGAGUGGGCAGAGUAGGAGGGGGAGGUGGAGUAGGAGGAGGUGGAGGAAAAGGGGGAGGAGGUGGGGGGAAAGGGGGAGGGGGAGGGGGAGGGAGGAAGGUGGCUGGUGUGUUGUCAAUGGCCAAUGUUCCGGCCAAUAGGAGGAUUUUGUUUGAGAAGCUGCAAGGGAAGAAGAAGGGGCAGGGAGUAGGGAGGGUGGGUAAGGGAGGAGAGGGGGUGGGAGGGAGAGAGAAGGGUGCUGAGAAGAGUGCUGAGAGAGAAGGGAAGCUGUCCGAAGGACAAGAGGUUGUGGCUCUUGGGAGGAGGAUAGAGGAGGAGAGGAGGAAAGAGGCGCGGAGGAAAGAGGAUGAGAGGAGGAAAGAGGAGGAGAGGAGGAAAGAGGAGAGGAGGAAAGAGGAGGGGAAGGACGAGGCAAGGAGGAAAGAGGAGGGAGGGGAGCCUGUCAUUCCCAAUGUCCCCCACCUCCACCUUUCUCACCGCCCACCACGUCCCCCUUACCCGCCCUUCAUCGCCCCUUUCUUCCAGUGGAACAGAAUCAUCGAGGGGCCCUCGGAGGAUCAGCGGGUGGGUUUCAUCGACAACAUCCCUCGCCGCACUUUCUCACCCACCUCUCUCGCUCAACCCGCGGCUGCCCACGUCCCUCCGUCCCUCACCCCUCGCUUCCAGUGGAACAGCAUCAUUGAGGGGGCGUUGGAGGAGCAGUGGGUGGUUCGCAUCGACAUGACAGCAUCCCUCACCUCUGUCACCCACCCACCCACUGCCCUCGUCCCUCUCUCCCGCCCUCGUUCUGCCGCUCUCUUCCAGUGGAACAACAUCAUCGAAGGGGCGUUGGAGGAGCAGCGGGUGGUUCGUAUUGACAACAUUCCUCCCUGCACCUCUUCGCAACAGCUGCACGAGGCCAUGGUUGAGCUUUUUUCAGACUUGGUGGCAGUGAGAGUGCAGCCGGCCACCACGCCCAUUCCCCCCAUCGCCAUUCACGCUUUUGCCGUCUUCCGCACCGCUGCUGCCGCCGCCGCUGCCGUGCUCUUCCUCUCCGCCAAAUGCGUCGUGCCCUCCCACUCCUCCCGGUAA